AUGACCAAAGAAGUUCACUCCAAGAUUGGAGUUUGGUUGUUAUUCACCUUACUUAUUAGUAACUAUGUCGUCGAUCUCGAAGCCUCACACCAUGUCUACAAGAGACUUACUCAAAGCACUAAGAUCAAAUCUCCUUCUGUAAACCAGCCCUACCGGACCGGUUUCCAUUUUCAACCACCCAAAAAUUGGAUGAACGGCCCUAUGAUAUACAAAGGAAUAUAUCAUCUUUUCUACCAAUGGAACCCGAAAGGCGCCGUGUGGGGUAACAUCGUAUGGGCCCAUUCCACGUCAACAGAUUUAAUAAACUGGGACCCACAUCCUCCAGCUAUCUUCCCAUCUGAACCGUUCGAUAUCAACGGAUGCUGGUCUGGUUCGGCUACAAUUCUCCCCAACGGCAAACCGGUUAUCCUCUAUACCGGAAUCAACCCCAAGAACCAACAGGUCCAAAACAUAGCCGAGCCCAAGAAUCUCUCCGACCCAUAUCUCGUAGAAUGGACCAAGUCUCCUUUAAACCCUCUGAUGGCUCCUGACGCCGUCAACGGCAUCAACGCCAGCUCGUUCCGUGACCCAACCACCGCGUGGUUAGGCCACGACAAGAAAUGGAGAGUGAUCAUAGGAAGCAAGAUCCACCGUCGUGGACUAGCGAUCACUUACACUAGCAAAGACUUUCUAAAAUGGGAAAAAUCUACCGAGCCGUUGCAUUACGACGACGGAAGUGGAAUGUGGGAGUGUCCUGAUUUUUUCCCCGUGACUAGGUUUGGGUCUAAAGGCGUGGAAACGUCUUCUUUUGGUGGACCUAAUGAGAUUUUGAAGCACGUGUUGAAAGUUAGCUUGGAUGACACGAAACAUGAUUAUUACACUAUUGGUACGUACGAUAGGGUUGGAGAUAAGUUCGUACCCGACAAGGGUUUUAAGAUGGACAGUUCGGCUCCUAGAUAUGAUUAUGGGAAGUAUUACGCGUCGAAAACGUUUUAUGACUCGGCUAAGAACAGGAGAGUGUUGUGGGGUUGGACUAACGAGUCAUCAUCGGUUGAGGAUGAUGUUGAGAAAGGCUGGUCCGGUAUUCAGACGAUUCCGAGGAAAAUUUGGCUUGAUCGGUCCGGGAAGCAGUUGAUUCAAUGGCCGGUUAGGGAAGUAGAGAGAUUACGUACGAAUCAAGUCAACUUACGGAACAAAGUUCUAGAUUCAAGAUCUAGACUAGAAGUCUAUGGUGUGACAGCUUCACAGGCAGAUGUGGAGGUUUUGUUCAAAGUGAGAGAUUUGGAGAAAGCGGAUGUGAUAGAACCGAGUUGGACUGAUCCACAAUUGAUCUGUAGUCAGAUGAAUGUAUCGGUUAAGUCUGGUUUAGGUUCAUUCGGUUUAAUGGUUCUUGCAUCUAAGAACUUGGAAGAGUACACAUCGGUUUAUUUUAGAAUCUUCAAAGCUAGUCAAAAUAGCAAUAAGUACGUUGUGGUCAUGUGCAGUGACCAAAGCAGAUCUUCACUGGAGGAAGAUAAUGACAAAACAACUUAUGGAGCGUUUUUGGAUGUUAAUCCUCGCCAACCACUCUCCCUCAGAGCAUUGAUUGAUAAUUCAGUAGUGGAGAGUUUCGGUGGAAGAGGAAGAGCAUGUAUUACCUCCAGAGUGUAUCCAAAACUGGCAAUAGGAAAAAGUUCACAUCUAUUUGCUUUUAAUUAUGGGUCUCAAAGUGUGGAUGUCUUAAGCCUAAGCGCUUGGAGCAUGAAGUCUGCACAAAUCAGGCCUAUGAUAUACAACGGAGUCUACCAUCUCUUCUACCAAUGGUACCCAAACGGCGCCAUCAUGAAAGUCAACGAGAUCGUGUGGGGCCACGCAACAUCAAAUGACCUGAUCAACUGGACCCCACAUUCUCCAGCUAUCAAACCAUCUCGACCGUCCGACAUCAACGGCUGCUGGUCCGGUUCCAUCACAAUUCUCCCCAAUGGCAAACCCGUAAUUCUCUACACCGGCAACGACCGUAACAACCACCAGGUCCAAAACCUAGCCAAACCCAAAAACCUCUCCGACCCAUAUCUCCGGCACUGGACCAAAUCUCCGGUGAACCCUCUCGUGACACCCAACCACAUCAACUCCACCGCGUUUCGCGACCCAACCACCGCGUGGCUCGGCCGUGACGGACGGUGGCGCAUGAUCACCGGAAGCCAAGAAGGUCGCCGUGGUUUAGCUCUUCUAUACACGAGCCGCGACUUCAUUAACUGGAAGCAGACGGCGAAGCCUCUUCACUACAACGAUGGCUCGGGGAUGUGGGAGUGUCCUGACUUUUUCCCGUUUUACGCGUCGAAGAGUUUUUACGACUCGGUUAAUAGACGGAGGAUCUUGUGGGGUUGGGUCAAUGAGUCGUCGCCGGAGAAGGAUAACAUCAAAAAGGGUUGGGCCGGUUUGCAGGCGAUUCCGAGGAAGAUAUGGCUUGAUGAAUCAGGAAAGAGAUUGAUGCAGUGGCCGGUUAAGGAAGUGGAGAGGUUACGUACAAUGCAAGUCAAGUGGGAAAACAAGGUUUUGAAGGGAGGAGGAUCUUUACUUGACGUGCAAGGGGUCACAGCUUCACAAGCAGACGUGGAGGUUUUGUUCAAAGUGAGUGGUUUAGAGAAUGCAGAUGUGAUUGAACCGGGUUGGACCGAUCCACAGUUGAUUUGCAGCCAGAAGAAUGCAUCGUCGGUUAAAUCUGGUUUAGGUCCAUUUGGCUUAAUGGUGCUGGCCUCGAAGAACUUGGAAGAGUACACAUCGGUCUAUCUCAGAAUCUUCAAAGCUGGUCAGAAGAAUUGA